GAGGAGGAGGAGGAGGAGUGAGCGAGGAGGGUACCGGGGUGUUCAGCACCCAUACCACCCACAGUGCCAAAACCACACAGAGAGAACCGAGAACCUUUUCCUACACACACACACACACACACACACACACACACACACACACACACACACACACUGCCUGCGCCACACACGUAGUAUUUAUGUCUGGCAAGGUGGCAGAGGCUUCCACUGGCAGCGUCUCACACACAGGCAGCUGAGCCCCGGCAGCCAGGCUCUGACAUGCUGACACGCUGGAAAGUUAACUGUGACCACGGCUGGAGGACGAACACACACCCCGAGGGACGCCGAGAGACGAGAGCCAGUCAGCUGGAGGACUGACGAGAGGAAGAGGAAGAAGAAGAAGAAGAAGAAGAAGAAGAGAAGCUGAGUGGCACUGCAGGAGCUUUGAGAGAAAGGAGACAAAACACACCACCACACUGAGCCUUCCUCCUGCCCCUGACUCUUGAGCAACACACCUUCAUCCAAACCUUCAUCCAAGCCAACACAGAGACGACUUCCACAGGUGCAGCUGCAUCAUGGGAACCUCCUAGGACGACGAAGGCCGACUGAGAGCUCGACAGCGUUUCGUGAAGGAGCACCAGCGCCCGGCCUCCAGCAUGACGGCCGCGGCCGCCCAGCGAGGGGGCGCCGGCGGGGGGGCACGAGGGCUGCCGCUGCUCCCUCUGCUCCUGGGACUGAUGAUGACGAUGAUGAUGAUGGUGGGGACGAUGGGGAGGGUGAACGCCGCAGAGAGCGAAGAGAGCCAGGAGAUCCUGGAGGAGAACGACGACGACGCCAGCACCGAGAUGCCGGAGCUGGUGUCCUCGGAGCUGUCCCGCGUGUCUCCCCACAACUCCUGGCUGGUCUUCAGGAGGAACUCCAACAAGGGAGAGAACCGGAGGAGCAAAGCGUCCAGGAGGGCGUCCAAGCAUGGUCUUCCAGGACCUCCAGGCCCUCCAGGACCUCAGGGGCCCCCGGGGCCCCCGGCCCCCCUGCUGCCUCAGCAGCAGCAGCUCAUACAGGAACUGCAGCUCAAACUGAAAGACAUGGCAGGAGGAGCCUGUUUCCUGUGUGAUCGUCCUCCUCGUGUCUCCACGUCGUUCCGUCGUCGCCUCCUGCAGGCCGUCAGCCUGCCGCGCCGCAGCCUGCUGGAGCUGCUGCCCUACAGCCAGCCGUCCGACUCGGAGCGAAGCCUCCAGAGGGGCGAGAGCUUCAAUGCCAGCACGGGACGCUACACGGCGCCCGUCAGCGGCUUCUACCAGCUGACCGCCAGUCUGCUGAUAGAGUCCAGUGACAGGGCUCAGGUCCGGCUCAGAGACAGUGUGAGAGCCUCCAUCUGCAUCGAGUCGCUCUGCCAGGGCAACCUCUCUGUGGAGUCGGUGAUGGGCGUGGCAGCCGAGGGAGGAACAUUCAGCAUCUUACUGACAGGAACACUCUACCUGCAGGCGGGCGAGUACGUCUCCGUGUUCGUGGACAACGCCACCGGCUCGGCCAUCAGCGUCCACAGAGACUCACUGUUCUCUGGACUGCUGCUGGGAGUGUGACCACACACACACACACACACACACACACACACACACACACAGAAACAGACUCUGACUGCAGGAGGUCUUUCAGAAAUCAUCUCUCAACCACAAAAACCACAGAAGAAGAAGAAGAGCGACCAGCUGGGCUCCGCCUCCAAACUUUAUUUAUAGCAGGACGAAGAGACGCUCACAUCAGCAGAAGAAGAAGAGGGCGGAGCGUCCCGAACACAAACUGUCCCGCGCUCAAACUCCACCUGCCUGCUCUUAACUAGCAUUAUUAUUAUUAUUGUUGUUGUUGUUGUUGUUGUUGUUUUAUUGUUUUGUUUUAUUGUACUUUUGGACAAACAGUGUGUCUCUGUGUUUGCUGCUUCCUGCUGUUUCGUACAAAAACACAACAACAAUGAAAAUCAGCUGAAAAAAGACUGAAAGUUACAGUGAAAGGGCUUCAAAAACAAUCAUUCACAAAAUUUAACAAACACACAAACACCCAGACAAACAGCACAACAACAUAAACAAUAAACAAAGUCCUUCAGGUGAACAUUUGAACAUUUACGAGUGUCGAAAGAUUCAAAUUCAUAUUAAAACACUUGAAAAUAUGUUAUUUUUUUUGGUUUGAAUUUGUGAGCCUCCCAGUAAAGCCAGAAGAGCGACACGUUGUCAUGGCGAUGUGACGCCGCCGGCCAGCAGGGGGCGCCGCGCCGCGCCGGCAAAAAGACGAGAGGCAACUUCACAAGAAA